CAAAGUGACUUCUUGUCCGAAGUAUUGUGUAUGAUUUUUUUUAAUUGCGUUAUUUUUUGUAUAUUUCUCACCCUCAGUACUGAUUUUUUUCUAUUAUUUUUCGAUUUUUCAUCUCGAUAAUUGGAGAAUAAAACGAAAUGAUAAGGGGUAAAGUGAGUAAAGAGCAGGCGAGGAGGAUAAAACAGGAGAAGGAAUUUCAAGUAAGAAGAGACUUUUUGGCCAGAGAACGAGACUAUGGGAAGGCCAAUCUAGCCAAGUUCACGAAAAAAUGGUCGAAAAUGUUGAAAGAAAUCGGUUGCGAGCACCUCAGGAGAGAAGUUCUGGCAUUCUGGCAUCAUUUCGAAAAAGUUGUUGAUUAUAAGGAAGUGGUAAUUUCCAUGUUUUUGGAUUGGCUCGACGAGCAAAACGUUCGCCAUUGGAUGUCCCUGACAAAUCACAACGAUUUGGUGGAAUACUUGAUAACUUUCUUCUAUAGGGGCCACAAAUGGAUUUACAAUGAGCUUGGAACUCAGGUGAACAAACUCAUAGAUCUCUGGGUCAAAGAUUACAAUGAGAACAGGGUAAGAGCGAUCACGAACGAAGAGUACUUAGAGACGAUGAAAUACCAAAUGAGCUGUAUCAAAAAACGUGAAGAAUACGAAACGGUCACCAAAAACUUCUCCAUAAUCAACGAGAAAACCACCAAAUAUAAGGUUUUACUUGGCGACAUCACUUUCACCCUAUCGGAUAAGUUCGAAAGUCUACACUGGAAGACCAAACAGUUUACUUACGACUAUUUCGCUUCAAUCAAAAAACUACAGAAGAUGGGUGCUGAAUCGAUGGAACGCUACGAAGCUUUCCAGAAAGACAUAGAUUCCAACCACAGGAAAAAUAAGAAGCUCGAAAAGCUCAUCCACGUUCUGCUCCGAAAAUACAAAGAACUGUUCAGUACGAACGAACAGAAAUUGGAAGAGCUCUCGAAAGAGAGGGAUUCCUUGCACGAGUGCUUCUUGAUAUUUCGUGAGAAUCUGUUCUAUGACAAGAGGAACGACAUGAAGAAAAGGAAAGUUUUGACAGUCAGUUUCAACGAUAACUUCAGGCAACUUGAGGAAAUAGCGAGGAAGGGAAAGAUUCUAAUGAAAUGUUUGGGUGCUUGCCGAAGGUACGAGACAGAAGAAGAAAAAAUGAUGCCAUACCCGGAAGAGGUAGUACCUGAAGAUAAACAUCAGGAUCCAAGGCAUAUAGACAUAAGCAAAGAACUGAGCCUUUUCUGGAAUAGGCUGGCAGCAGUUGAUGCUAGUAGACACACAUUGAACGAAGAACGAAAAUACCUCGAGAAUGAGAACAACAAGAUAAGAAAACAAAUCCAUUCCUUCUGCAAAUGUUUGGAUUGUCCACCGCUGCCGCAUAUUCCUCAGAGAGCGGGAAAAAUUCCCUACACGGAAGGUAGAGAAAUGGUCCAAAAACAAAAGGCACAAAAUGGAAAACGAGGGGCAGUCGGUAAAAAUAUGCCCAGUGUUUGAUAGAUUUAGGUAAACCGUAAAGAAUAGGUGUUGGAUGUCUAUGUGAAAAAUGAAAGGAAAUAAAAUCGUAUAGAAAGUAAA